CUCCGGGGAGUGGAAAGACCGUCUUCCAGACACGCGUGCGCACUCGGCCUCAACCCGCCCUCCAGCUCCCGUCUUCCCGGAUGGAGUCUUUUGAGAACCUGCUCUUCCCCCUCCGUCCGAUCCCUACCUGCAAACUUCCGGCCGCUGCCCGCCGCAACCUCGCCUCCUCAGGAUCCGCCAAUCCUGGCGCGCGUGCGGUAGGAGUGGGUGGAGCCUCAGAGAUUUGAAAGGAGCCCCGCCCCCUCGGAGCUGAUUCCCGGGACUAGGUUGCGGGAGAAAAGCUCGCGUGGAAGUUCAGCUCCAAGCUGCUCCUGCUGUUUGGACAUGGAGGAUUUGGAGGAAGAUGUAAAGUUUAUUGUGGAUGAGACCUUGGACUUUGGAGGGCUGUCACCAUCUGACAGUCGUGAGGAGGAAGACAUAGCAGUGUUGGCGACGCCAGAGAAGCCACUCCGACGCGGCCUCUCCCACCGAAGUGACCCAAAUGCAAUGGCCCCUGCUCCCCAGGGCGUGAGGUUCAGCUUAGGUCCCCUCAGCCCAGAGAAGCUGGAGGAGAUCCUUGAUGAAGCCAACCGGCUAGCAGCUCGGCUGGAGCAGUGUGCGCUACAAGAGCGAGAGAGUACAGGUGAGGGCCUGGGACCUCGCAGAGUGAAACCCAGCCCUCGGCGGGAGACCUUUGUGCUGAAGGACAGUCCUGUCCGAGACCUGCUGCCUACUGUGAGCUCUUUCACUCGGAGCACCCCCUCCCCAAGCAGCUUGACACCUCGACUCCACAGCAGUGAUAGGAAGGGGUCAGUCAAGGCUCUCCGGACAACAUCUGGAAAGAGGCCCUCCAUUAUGAAGAGGGAGUCUCCUUCUUGCCAUCUGUUCCCCGCAUCCAAAAACCCAGCAUCUUCUCCUCUUGCCCGAUCAACUCCUCCAAGAUCAACUCCUCCAAGAGCAACUCCUCCAAGAUCAACUCACCCAACAUCAAGUCCUCCAAUCCGAUCACCUCACCCAAGAUCAACUCCUCCAAUCCGAUCAACUCCUCCAAGAUCGACUCCUCCAAUCCGAGGGAGAGCUAGACCCAGUGGGGGAGCAAAAGCAAGCCCACCUACCUCUCUCCGACCAGUCCUGGCCCCACAGCCUUCUACCAGCAACUCUCAACGCCUGUCUCGGCCCCAGGGAGCAGCUGCUAAAUCUUCUAGUCGACUGCCCGUUCCCUCAGCCACCUCUAGGCCUGCCAGCCGCCUGCCUCUUGCCAACCGGAAUAUCCCACCCAACAAGGGGGCCCUGCCUCUAGAUACCCUGUCGACUCGAAAAGGGCUUCCAAGACCAGGUGCUGCAGGGAACAGAGUUCCUGUUUCCCAACGACUAAAUCUUCCUGUCCCCGGUACCACGCGUGGCAGUCUGCAGCCCUCCAGGAAAGUCGCUGUCCCGGGACCUACCAGGUAAAGAGGAAAGGACAGCAAGGAAGAAUUCAGUAGCAAACCACUACAGUCACUGCCUGGACACGCCUCUACCAGCAGGUCCUGGCCUGGGGACAGGAGGAGAAGAUGCCACCAGGGCUGGUACCCUGAGGAGAGACCAUGGGAGAUGGGGUGGAUUAGGGUUGAGCUGGAGGAGUUUCAAACUCUCUUGAGUUGAAAAAAAAUUAGGGAAAAAGAGGUCACCUCUCAGCAGUGAAAUUAGCAAACAGAAAAUGAGCAAUGCAGGGGAGUGUUGUCCUCAUCUACCCCCACUCCUGUGGUCAGCUGGAGUUUGAUCUUCUUCCCAGGCACUGGUUCACUGGACAUUUACAUGUGAAUGGCCUCUGCAGCUACCCUCUCUGCUCUAAGGAGAGGUCUUCCGGAAUCAUAACCUCUGCUGGACUCGGGCCUGUUUGGAGACACAGAGGCCGGCACCUGGUUUCUAGAAUUUGCUUCCUGUGUAUUCUGUGACUCCUAACAGGCCAGUUUAUGAUAAGCUUACUCCAUCAGACUGCAUUUUUCUAAAAGUGGAUGUAUUUUUAUAUUCUCUGUGUAUCUAAAAGUAGAUCCUGUUCCAGUUUCUAACAAAUGUGGAAUAAAGUUCUGUGUAAUUCCA